UGUGCUUCGUAUCGAGAGAAAAAUGGCGAACGAGGUCGCAGUCGCGCCGCUUCGAAGCCUCGACGAUUUCUUGCUGGAAUCAGCCCGAUUUCAGAUCCCGAACUUCAAAGACAUCGAAAAAUGGGGAAACAGAGUUCUCAACAAUCUCCUGUACUACCAGUCCAACUAUUUUAUGCUGUCUGUGCUUGUGUUCUUAGCAAUUGGAGUUAUCCAUCCUACCAAGAUGCUGUGUGGCAUGACAGCCGUUGCCCUGGCCUUUGGCCUCUUCUAUUACAUCACAAACUCUAAACGGGCAGCAAUGAGAUUCAAGCGCGAUCACCCCGUCAUCAGCGUGCUUGUCAUCCUCAUGUGUGGUUAUCUCAUCGUCUACAUGCUGGGGUCUGUUAUGGUGUUCCUCUUUGGAAUUCUCUUGCCAAUCAUGCUGGUGUUCAUCCAUGCUUCAAUGCGCCUGCGAAACAUCAAGAACAAGCUGACCAACAGAAUCGAGACGAUCGGGCUGAAGAGGACGCCCAUGGGAAUCUUCCUGGAAGCCCUCGGACAGGAGCAAGAAGCGGGCUCUGUGACCAGCAGCGCCUCUCCAGCUCUCUCCGGUGAAGGUCUGGUGGGAAAAUUUGGAGCCAAAGUCUCCGAAUUGAGUCAACGAAUGAAGAUUAGCAAGAAGCAUUGACGUCACUGUGAAAGCGGCCAAUGAGGGCGGCACCUGAACCAGAGCAACUCACUCCAUAUAUUGAUGCCAAUAAUUUUUUUUUAUGUCUUUCGUUAACAUGACGGCUUCCACACCACCUCACAAUUGUUGGAGUAGGAAUCUUGCAGCUUCACUCUUGUUCUCUCCUGAAUCUCGCUUUUUAUUUAUUUUCUUUUUUUUUACCACUGGAACAGCCAAUGGGAGUUCUAGUUUCGGUUUCGGUGUUUGUCAUAACACUGGCACAGUUCAGUGAAAUUUGCUUCGCUAUUUGUAUACCACGCAGCUGCAACCGUCUUUUCCUCUCCACAGUAUACUUGUAGCAGAGAAUAAUUUAUUAUAUUAACUUAUUGCGUAUUAUUCAUAAAACGUGAAAACCAACGAUCGUUAGCUGUAACUUGGUACUGAACAUAAAUGUCAUACUAUCUGCUAUUAAUCAAUGCUGUUAGCUUCUGCCGUCUGUUGUAUCAAGCAAUCCGUAACUGAAUUUACAGUGUCAACUACAGGUUCUGAACUCGAACAAUAUUUGUACAGGCAGUCAAAUGACAUUUUGAGUCAUAUAGCGUUUGUACGUAUGGACUUUUUAUGCAUUUAUAAGUGCGCGCGCUUUUAUAUGACUUAACAUCGCAUUUAACACCUCACCUUCGAACGCUGUUUUGUGUAGUUGCUGACGAUGUUUUGAGAUAAUAAAAACGUGACAUUUUUAGUCUGUA